AUGCUCCCCGCUCCCUACUCCAUGCUCAAAACUCAACGCAACACCCAAGCUCUUGAGUCAUCCCUACUUCUAAGCAGUACAUACACACCCCAUACAAAAGUCCUCCGUAUUUCCGAUAGACAAGACAAGACAAGACUAUUAGGCACGGUACUCGGUGACACGAAAGCAGAAUCAUCACAAAACAUGACUCGGGGCGCAUCGAAACUCGCAUCAAAGCCGGAAGCACAUAUGCAAGAACCCGGGCCGGCUGGGUUAGGUGAUCCAGCCUAG